AUGGUGCAGAAAUCUCUCAACGGGGGGGGUUACCCAACUCCAGCCGGGGAGAAGAAGCACAAAGUCGGGUUCGUCGGCUUGGACCCGGGCGCUCCCGAAUCCACCAGGGACGGGGCGCUGCUCAUUGCGGGCUCGGAGAGCUCCAAGCGGGGCAGCAUCCUCAGCCGACCCAGGUCCAGCAUCUCCUGCGGGAGACCCAGACCGUCGAAGAAGAAUGCCAGCUACCGGAAGCUCCAGAAUUUCCUCUACAACGCGCUGGAGAGACCGCGGGGCUGGGCGUUCAUCUACCACGCUUAUGUCUUCUUCUUGGUCUUCUCCUGCCUUAUACUGUCAGUCUUUGCUACCAUCAAAGAGCACAAAGACAAGUCAGAGAAUGCCUUGUACAUCUUGGAAAUUGUGACAAUCGUCGUGUUCGGAGUGGAGUACAUCGUGCGUAUAUGGGCUGCUGGUUGUUGCUGUCGAUACAGAGGAUGGAGGGGGAGGCUAAAAUUUGCCAGAAAGCCUUUCUGUGUCAUAGACAUUAUGGUGCUGAUUGCGUCAGUGUCUGUACUGGCAGCAGGAUCUCAGGGGAAUGUUUUUGCCACUUCGGCCAUCAGAAGUUUGAGGUUCCUGCAGAUCCUGCGCAUGCUGCGUAUGGACCGCCGCGGAGGAACCUGGAAGCUGCUGGGAUCUGUGGUUUACGCCCACAGCAAGGAGCUCAUCACAGCCUGGUAUAUUGGCUUUCUGUGCCUCAUCUUGGCUUCUUUCUUGGUCUAUUCUGUGGAAAAGGAGUCAAAUGAAGAAUUUGAGACUUAUGCUGAUGCUCUUUGGUGGGGACUGAUCACUCUCACCACCAUCGGUUAUGGUGAUAAAGUUCCCAAAACCUGGAAUGGACGCAUGCUCGGAGCUGCGUUUAGUAUGAUUGGCGUGGCUUUCUUUGCACUUCCUGCUGGCAUUUUAGGUUCUGGCUUUGCCCUGAAGGUCCAGGAGCAGCACAGGCAGAAGCAUUUUGAGAAGAGACGUAACCCUGCAGCCGGCCUCAUCCAGGCUGCGUGGAGGUUUUAUGCCACCAACCUUUCUCGUACAGACCUGCUGAGCACUUGGGAUUUUUAUGAGCAGACGGUGGCGGUUCCAAUGUACAGGUAA